AUGGAAUUUGCUGUGGUUGUUGCAUUUUUCUUGUGCUGGGCCCCCUUUCACGCGCAGCGGCUCAUGACGUUAUAUAUCAAAUCAGACGAAUGGACCCCUUUCCUUAUGACAAUCCAGACACAUCUCUUCCUGAUAUCUGGGGUGCUGUACUUUGUCAGUUCCUCCAUAAACCCUUUUCUGUACAACGCCAUGUCAAAGAAGUAUCGAAACGCCUUCAUUCGCACCAUCUUUCCAUGCUUGGCAACGUCUACAAACACGUACACCAGCACAAUAAACUCGAAUAGCCCUGCGUCCAAGUCAUCGCCAUAUUUCUAUAACAAGCUGAGUACUAGACCAAUGAUGACAAAAACUUCCGCAGUGAACGAUUCAAGUCAUGAGGACAACAGUCCUGUGUAACGCAAUCCCGUUUCCGGUUUAAAGGAGGACAACACUCUUGCGUUUGACUUUUCCACUUCCGGACCUUGGGGAGUGGGAACGCAGAAUGCGAUUACGGGAAUACUUUGCGGACACUGAAAGCAACCAAAAUAUGAAACAGGGAAUACUCGAUAAGUUCCGAGUUAAACCAAAAAGCACAUUUACUCCAAACGCGGGAAGGGACCCAAGCCUCGACCUUUAUGUUGAACUGGUAAAGAAUGAUAUCAUCUCAAAUUUGA